AUGACUUUCAUUUCAAACAUUAAGCGAUUCCAUCGCAACAAUGUCGCAACUGUACGUAACUCGUCGCUUGCUGAGAUCUCGGGCGCGCUCGGCGAUCUUGGUACCCUUCUGCCUCUUAUGAUCACCCUCGCGGUCAACGGCUCAAUCUCGCUAUCGACGACGCUUGUAUUUUCCGGCUUCUUCAACCUCGUAACCGGUGUCGUAUUCGGUAUUCCCUUACCGGUACAGCCUAUGAAGGCUAUCGCAGCGGCAGCCAUAGCCUCUCGCGCCUCGGAACGCGAAACCGUAGCAGCGGGAAGCGUGGUAGCUAUUAUCGUGUUGCUCCUGAGCAUCACAGGUUUAUUGCACUGGGUCACGCGUAUAAUACCCAUUCCUGUAGUUAAAGGAAUUCAAUUCGGCGCUGGUCUCUCCCUCGUCAUCUCCGCGGGUACUUCUUUGCUCCAGCCCUUUAUCCAUAAUUGGGCUUUCGCUCUCGACAACCUCGUCUGGUCCUUAGCCGCCUUCUUGCUGCUCAUAUUGACCCAGAGAGCAUCUCGGUUUCCGUACGCCCUAAUUAUAUUCGUUACCGGCCUAGUCCUCGCUAUAAUAUUUGUUGCUACGAGCUCCUACCACCUACCGCAUUUCCAUGUCUGGCGCCCCUGGUUUACACUUCCGCGGUGGAGUGCUGAUGCUAUCGGCAUGGGCAUCGCGCAGCUGCCACUGACGACGUUAAAUUCGAUCAUUGCCGCGAGUGCCCUCGCAACGGAUCUGCUACCUGAUCUGCCGGCGCCCAGCGUCACUGCUCUCGGCAUUAGCGUUGCCGUUAUGAACCUUUUGGGAUGUUGGUUUGGUGCUAUGCCUGUCUGUCAUGGGGCCGGGGGGCUUGCGGCACAGUACAGAUUUGGUGCGCGGAGCGGUGCAAGCAUCAUCUUGCUGGGUCUAUUUAAGAUGAUACUCGGUAUUGUCUUCGGCGAGACGUUACUGGGAUCUUCUAAAGGGGUUUCCGAAGAGCCUUCUGGGUAUCAUGGUCAUCGCUGCCGGUCUAGAACUGGCAAAGGUGGGCCAGAGCCUAAACCACGGCGCCUCGGAUCUAUGGGAGUCAUCAGUAGAUCAGGGUCAACAGAAGAGGCAUAA